AUGACGGACACUGGGCCGAUUUUACGCGACGUCCUCAACGCUAUUGCUGCUCGAGAGAAAUAUGAGAAUUGGGACAUAAAAAUGAAACUAAUUAAUACUGACGGUGCUAACUACUGGUCUCAUUUAUAUGAAGUGACAAUUUCUGCACCAAACAAACCAGACCUUGAACUAUUUGGAAAAGUUGUCAUUAUGGCUGAAGAAACGAGAGCCGCUUUUAAUAUUUCCGUAUUGGAUACAGAGCAUUUUUUCUAUACCAAUCUAUUAAACGAAUAUAAAUUGUUAGAAGAGAAAUAUAACAUACCAAAAAGGAACAGAUUUCUAACCGCGAAGUCUUACGGUUUUGAUAAUGGAUAUUUAAGAGAGACUGUAGUUAUGGAAAAUUUAAACAAGAAAAAUUUCAAGCGUUAUAACAGAUUGGAAAGUGUAACUUGGGAGCAUGCUGCUGAAUGUGUAAAACAGAUGGCUUAUUUACACGUUUUAUCUGUUGCUUUAAGACAAGAUAAUCCUGAAAAGAGAAAUGAAAUCUUGGAGAAAAAUAAUUUUGUGUAUCCAACAUUUCUGUUCGAUAAAAUGUCUCAAAACGCUAUCACCGUUGCCAAAGAAGAAUAUCGAGAAAGGCUUACCGUCUUCUUGGAAGAAAAUGUUAAAACUGAAAAUUUCGAUAAGAUUUUGAAGCCAAUUCGCCUUGCGGUGAUAGCGCAUGGCGACUUCAGACCGGAUAAUUUGAUGCAUAGAACACUUGAGGAUGGGACAUUGGAGGUAGCAGUGCUAGAUUUUCAGUUUAUAAAAAUGAGCAACCCAAUCACGGAUCUGCUACACUUCAUCAUUAGUGGUACGGAUAGGAAGUUUCGCCAAAAACACUAUCAACGGCUUAUUGAGCACUAUUACAGUGAAUUUUGUAAUGCCCUACGAAGAUUUAAUCGAGAUCCAGACCUAAUCUAUCCAAAUCAAAAUUUUGAGAAUGACCUAAAAGAGGUGCAGCCAUUCGGUCUACUAGUAGCCAUCAUCGGUCUCCCUUUCGUAACGCUCGAUGUCGAAAACGUACCGAAGAUUGGCAGCGACUUAGCAACUCACUUCCUCGGGAUCAAAACGAGUGAUUUGUUUGCAGAAAGGUUCAACGAUGUCAUCAACGACUAUAUUAAAAUGGGAAUCUUGUAA